AUGAUCCUGCCAUCGCUCUCGUCUUCUACCAUCAGAGGUUCUUUAGACCCCGGUUCCUCCCACUCGACGGGCACGACCGUGGUUGCUUCUGGACAUAAGGCCCUCCGGGUCGUCACACAUCCUACCACCCACCCAUACAUUCCUGCCAGCUCGGUUGUUCCAAAGACGAGAUCUGCUGGCUACAGCGAUGGCACCCACCAUUUAUCAACUGACACGGGAAGGCUUGGGCCCAGGGACCCUACAUCCCAGCACGACGGUAGCUCAGACAAGACAGCCCUGAUUAUUAUGGGAACCGCCGCUCGAAGAAACACAAGAGAACUUCCAGCAUAUUUUGCUUUCGUGGCCCUACACGGCGCCGAGGGCACCGAGGGCGGUCUGGAGCUACCGGGUCGCGAGGCGCUAGUGGCGUCCAGGGACCUGAGGGACGAGAAGGCCCUCCUGGGGCACAAGGACCCAAAGGGGAUCCGGGAGAGCGGGGAGAGCGGGGAGAGCAGGGACUCCAAGGCGAUCCAGGGAAACAAGGAGAGCAGGGCCCCGAAGGCCCUCAAGGACCCCGAGGUGAUCCAGGGCAGCCGGGAGAUCAGGGACCUUCUGGGACGGAUGGCACGCCGGGCGCUGAUGGCGCUCAAGGUCGCAGAGGACGCAGAGGACGCCAAGGACGUCGAGGACGCCGAGGACACCCAGGACAACAGGGAGAAAGUGGCCCUACCGGGGCGAAUGGCUCACCGGGAGCUAUUGGCCCUGAAGGACCUCCAGGACCCCAAGGGGAUCUAG